AUGUCCGGAUGUUGCAAGCCCCCGACGUCAUGCGGGUUGGUAUACAUCAACGAGACGGUCUGGAACACUGGUGCCGGGCUUGUGGGUAGUGACCCGGAUUGCCUGAGGUGGAGUAAUGAUCAAGAACAACUCUGCUUUGGUUGCGACUCGUGUAAAGCAGGGGUUUUAGCCAGCUUGAGAAAGAGCUGGAGAAAGGUAUCGGUCAUCAACAUCGUCAUGCUUAUCAUACUCGUCAUCGUCUAUGUUAUUGCAUGCGCAGCAUUCAGGCACAACAAGAGGAUCGAUAAUGAUGAGCCUUAUGGGGAGACGCGUAUGGAGAAGGCGCAGCCUGCUAGGAUACACUUUUAA